AAUUCACUCUGUAUAGUGGUCGCGUCAUCCUCGUUUUGUCUCAUUUACUGAUUUCGUGAGAGUGGAUCAGAAGUAGCGGUGCAAGUCACUUUGAAACGUUGUUUGGAUAUUACAGACAUUCAGUUACAAAUAUACACAAAUGUCUGAAUCAGAUCUCUUAGCUAGUGACCAUAUUGACGGUCUUGAUGGUCUUGAAAAUGGUCAAGAUGGAGAUACCAUUAUGCAAUGUGACGGUGCAAAACGUGACUUAGGUGAAGCAAAUGUUGAUGAUCCUGAGUUGGAAGCGAUUAAAGCACGAGUGAGAGAAAUGGAGGAAGAAGCGGAAAAAUUAAAACAACUUCAAUCUGAGGUGGAUAAACAGAUGAAUAUGGGUAGCCCACCUGGUAUCACAAGUCCAUUAAAUAUGUCAUUAGAAGACAAAAUGGAAGUUGAUAAUCGAUCUAUUUAUGUUGGCAAUGUCGAUUAUGCUGCUACGGCAGAAGAAUUAGAGCAACAUUUUCAUGGCUGUGGCAGUGUCAACAGAGUAACAAUUUUAUGUAAUAAAUUUGAUGGGCAUCCGAAAGGCUUUGCUUAUAUUGAAUUCGCCGAACGCGACUCUGUACAAACUGCAAUGGCAAUGGAUGAAUCUAUGUUUAGAGGACGUCAAAUUAAAGUAAUGCCUAAAAGAACAAAUAAACCUGGUUUCUCUAUGACAAAUAGGGGUCCCAGAGGUGCAAGAGGCUAUCGAGGUAUGGCUAGAGGAAUUAUUCGUGGCAGCGCAUAUUUUGGAUAUAGACCUACAAGACGACCUAGGAGUUACAGGCGUGGUUAUUACAUGCCAUAUUGACCAUUUUAAGCGACAUCAACAUUAUCCUACAAGUGUCAAG